AUGCUGGUACAGUGAAAGCUGUACAUUUAAAUUCUAUUUGAGUUGAGUAGCUUUGAGCUUAUCAUGCAGGGAAUAGAACCUUCACUAGCCUGUAAGCUCCUUGAGGAUAUGACUAUCCACAAGAGACUCAUUCUGUAUCUGGAAAGGGUGUCUAACAGAGAAACCACUUGAUAAUUAUUCAUCGGAAUAUGAUGCUGUAAGCACAGGUCUCACCUGGGCCGAUAAUGCCCUUUAUUUUACUAAGUGCAAUGGGACCAAAGGGUACCAGUCUGGGGUGAUUUUGUGGCAGGCCUGCCUCUCCACAGGGCAGUAAGUAGCUUUGGAGAUCUUGGUCUUUAGAAGAGAGGAACUAGUCCUUUAGGAAGACAAAGUAGAUACAAUUUUAAGGAUAAUUGUAAGACAUCUUUGGGGGGUAACUACCUUAGUUGGGUGCCUAUUAUGUGCUAAGCACUGUUCCCGUCUCAUUUGAUUUGACAGCUGUGGAGUAGACAUUUGCUUCAUUUCUAUAGGAAGAGACUGAGGGGAAGGUCAGAAGUUAAACUGCUCACGGUCACAGCUAGCGAGUGGUGAUUUUGGAACUUAAACUCAGGUAUAUCCAACUCCAAAGCCCACCCUCUGCCUAAGCAGUACGGGGCACAUAGUAGCUGCUCAGUAAAUAUUUGUGGAAUGAAUGAGUGAAUUUCCCCCUCACCCUAAUCUCCAUCAGCCUACCAGGGCCUCCCCCUGGUUCCUCCUCUGAUUUAACUGGACGUUUCAAAGUGAUGUUGACCUAUAUUUAAAGGUUUUGGAAGAGGCUGCUAUUAAAAUACGGUGCACCUUACCUGGGAGGAAGAGUUCGGCCCUCUUCUGACACGUUGGCCCAGAUCACUUCUCUGUCAUCCAGACCAAUGCAAAGGCCUGGAAUUGGUCGCGGUAAAUUUGGAUUGGGAAGAGGGAGAGUGGGAGGUAAAGCCCGUAAAGGAACGAGGGAAGGGGAAAGGCCAGAAGAUACAGUCCGCAGGCACAGUUACUCUUGCAAAUUUUUCAGUAGGGUCAGACACCAUUUCCCUUGGGGAUGCCCAAUACAUAUUUGCAGCAUUAACAGAAAUCGGGACCCGGCAUUGUUUGGGACUCUGGGGCCAGGCAUCCCGCACGCAGGGAUCCAACGAGCAUAUCCACCCAGGGCCACCUGGGGGGCGGCGGUGGGCGUGGCCCAGGCCCCGAAGUGGCCCCCGCCGGUCCCCGCGGGCGGGCAGGAGCUCGGAGGCCAUUGGCUGGCGAGCUGGCGGCGCAGGGGCGGGGAGCGCCGCCGAAGGGGACUGUUUGCUCCUACGGGCUGUAGAUGGAGCUGUCCGGCCCCGGCGAGGGGGAAGGCGCCUGGAAAACGUUCUUCUUCUCCCUGGCCGGCCCGAGCGGGGAACAGCACUCCCAGGAUGCAGUUUGUGUCAACACGGCCGCAGCCUCAGCAGCUGGGCAUCCAGGGCCUGGGGCUGGACAGCGGGAGCUGGAGCUGGGCCCAGGCUCUGCCCCCGGAGGAGGUCUGCCACCAGGAGCCGGCGCUGCGCGGGGAAAUGGCCGAGGGAAUGCCGCCCAUGCAGGCUCAAGAAUGGGACAUGGAUGCCCGGCGACCGAUGCCUUUUCAGUUCCCGCCCUUCCCAGAUAGGGCACCCGUCUUCCCUGACCGCAUGAUGAGAGAGCCCCAGCUGCCCACAGCAGAGAUCUCGCUCUGGACCGUGGUGGCCGCCAUUCAGGCCGUGGAGAGGAAGGUGGAUGCCCAGGCCAGCCAGCUGCUAAAUCUGGAGGGGCGGACGGGCACCGCCGAGAAGAAGCUGGCAGACUGCGAGAAGACGGCCGUGGAGUUCGGGAACCACAUGGAGAGCAAGUGGGCCGUGCUGGGGACCCUGCUGCAGGAGUACGGGCUGCUGCAGAGGCGGCUGGAGAACAUGGAGAACCUGCUGAGAAACAGGAACUUCUGGGUGCUGAGGCUGCCGCCAGGCAGCAAGGGGGAGGUCCCCAAGGUUCCGGUGACCUUUGUCGACAUCGCUGUCUACUUCUCUGAGGAUGAGUGGAAGAACUUGGACGAGUGGCAGAAGGAGCUUUACAACAACCUUGUCAAGGAGAACUACAAAACCCUGGUGUCCCUGGACGCGGAGGGCGCAGUGCCCAAGCCGGAUGCGCCAUCCCAGGCGGAGCCCAGGGAAGAGCCUUGUGUGUGGGAGCAGCGUGAUCCAGAAGAGCGAGAAAUCCUAAUGGAUCCAGACACAGGAGCGGAGCCCCUGGUGCCUGCACAGGAUUCGUCCUCUCAGGUAAAGCGGGAAGAAGCCCUAUGUGUCCGGGGCCAGCGGGGCCUGGAGGAAAGAGCCAUCCCCACGGAGUCCAUUACUGACUCACCAGCCUCCGCCCAGGACCUCUUGUCCCGGAUUAAACAGGAGGAGCACCCGUGCGUAUGGGAUCAGCAGGAUCUGGCAGAGAGAGAUAUUCCAACGGACCCCAAUUCAGAGUCUCUGAUCUCAGCACAUGACAUUCUGUCGUGGAUCAAACAGGAGGAGCAGCCAUACCCGUGGGGCCCACGUGACUCCAUGGAAGGAGAGCUCGGAUUAGACUCUGGCCCCAGUGACAGCCUGCUGCUGGUGAAGAACCCGCCCCCCGCCCCGCAGCAGCCGCAGCAGCCGCAGCCGCAGCCGGCUCCGCCGAGCCUGGCGGUGCUCCCGGCGGCCGAGACGGCGGCGGGCGGCGGGCCCCCGGACGACGGCUUCCCCGCGCUGGCCGGGGAGCGGGGCGCGGGCGGGGCCCCGGGCGGCAGUGGAAGGGCGCAGGGGGGCGGCGGGGGCGCGGGCGGGGGGCCCGGAGGCGGCGGCGGCGGCGGGGGCUGCGGCAGCUGCUGCCCGGGCGGGCUGCGGCGGAGCCUGCUCCUGCACGGCGCGCGCAGCAAGCCCUACUCGUGCCCCGAGUGCGGCAAGAGUUUCGGGGUGCGCAAGAGCCUCAUCAUCCACCACCGCAGCCACACCAAGGAGCGGCCGUACGAGUGCGCCGAGUGCGAGAAGAGCUUCAACUGCCACUCGGGCCUCAUCCGCCACCAGAUGACGCACCGCGGCGAGCGGCCCUACAAGUGCUCCGAGUGCGAGAAGACCUACAGCCGCAAGGAGCACCUGCAGAACCACCAGCGGCUGCACACGGGCGAGCGGCCGUUCCAGUGCGCGCUCUGCGGCAAGAGCUUCAUCCGCAAGCAGAACCUGCUCAAGCACCAGCGCAUCCACACGGGCGAGCGGCCCUACACGUGCGGCGAGUGCGGCAAGAGCUUCCGCUACAAGGAGUCGCUCAAGGACCACCUGCGCGUGCACAGUGGCGGCCCCGGGCUCGGCGCCCCUCGGCCUCUCCAGGCGCCACCAGAGCACGACUAGGGCUGGGCUGGGGGAGGGGAGGGCCCGGCGGCAGGAGCAGGGGGUGGGCAGCGGCCCCGGGCUGGGGGCGCGUCCGGAACACCCCCCUCCCCCCCCAACCCGAUCCUGCCCGUGGUUCGUGGUUCUCCGCGCGCCUUCCCUCCCUCCACCUGCCGCCCGCUGGAAAUUGGGAAGAGGAAUUGCACUCCAGACAGGGUCCUCCGGGGGGGGG